UGUUUCCCUUGAAAGUCACAAGAUCUUAUUUUCGUUUUGAUAGGCCGUGUGCAUUGUGCGAUGCGUUCCUUUAAAACUAGCUGAUGUCAGACGGGAGCAGACGAUUAUGGCGUGUCAUUUUUACCAAUUAGCAGCUGUACUGCUGUGUAUGCAGUCCAUACUUUCAUUUGAAGUGAAGAAAGGGUACUUUUGGCAGGUUACCGAUUUCCAUUUCGAUGCCAACUAUAGUACUCAUGGAAACCCUCUUAACAUGUGUCAUCAGGGCAAAGGUCAAGGAUAUAGCAACAGUAAAUAUGGCAACUACCAUUGUGAUGCACCCUGGUUGUUGAUCGAGUCUGCAAUAGAUGCUAUGGUGAAAUUCCAUCCUUUUCCAGACUUUGUGAUUUGGACAGGAGAUAGUGUUCCACAUGUGAAAAACUCUGAUUUGGAUUCCAUGAAAGUGUAUGAAAACAUUGGUAAUGUUACUUUGAGGCUAAAACAAGGCUUUCCUAACACCACAAUCUACCCUGUCCUGGGGAAUCAUGAUGAAUACCCUGCCGACCAUUUCCCAAAUGGAACCACUAACUACUAUAGUGACAUCCUUUACAAAUCUCAUUGGAAUACACUGAUGGAAAACAACACUGCUAAUGAGUUCCAAACAGGUGGGUAUUACCAGGUGCAUACAAAGACUGGAUUAGUUAUGAUCGGACUUAACACAAAUCUCCUGUACAGUCAGGACCCAUUGACUAAAGGCACUGGGGACCCAGGUGGACAGUUUCAGUGGCUGAAGAGAAGACUUUCUGAGGCGAGAAGCCUCAAUAAAAAGGUGAUUCUCUUUUCCCAUAUUGCACCUGGUUAUUUUGAAAAGUACCAAGAUAUGAUGUGGUUUUACGAUGAUUACAACAACGAAUAUGUCAAGAUCCUCCAGAUGUUUAAUGAUGUCAUAGCUACUCAAGUGUACGGCCAUGAACACACAGAUAGCUUUCGGCUAGUGAAAGACAGUUUUGGUGAACCAGUAGAUGUACUUUUUCUAAGCCCAGCAGUCACUCCUUGGAAUAGUAGUCUGGCAGGAGUUGGAGCUAACAAUCCUGGGGUGCGAUUGUAUGAGUACAAUCAAGAUAAUGGGGAAAUCAUCAACUACUGGCAGUAUUUCUUAAACCUUUCUUCUGUGAUCGCAGGAAAUCAACCAAACUGGGAAUUGGAGUAUGAGGCUAAGACAAGCUAUAACAUAACAAAAUUACAGCCAUUGCAGAUGUUGGAACUUGUAAAGUCAUUCAACACUGAAAAAUUCAACGAAAUUUGUAUGAAAUACCUCCAAUUCAACUCUGUCAGUCAGGAUGUAAAGCCGAGCUGUGAUGUGACAUGUCUUAAACAACAUUUCUGUGCUAUCAGCGAAUUGGAGACAUCCGGCUACCAAGCCUGUCUCCAUGGCGAUACAACAACACAUCAUCCUCACCACUCCACACACAGGCCGCAUUCCAGAAAUGUCCCUCAAUACAUGAAAUACAUCAUCAUCGGGCUUGGCAUCCUUGUCUUGAUACUUUUCAUCAUCAUCGCAGUCAUGUGUCUGAGGAAACAUCACCGCUUCAUUCCCAGCAGAUAUUCAAGGUUCAAUUCCAACCUUGCUGCUAACCCCAUCAAUUGAAAUACAGAAAAAACAUGCACAAAAAUAAACAUUAUUAUAUUGAAUUUUUGAUGUAUUGGAGUUUGCAUGUUAAUUGGCCUGUAUACACCAAAAUUUUAUAAUUACAAAUGAGUGGAAAAGAAACAUUGCUCCAUUAUUCGUAACGACAAUAGAAUAUUGGACAUUUGGAUAUCCAGGUUCCUUAAUUUUACCUGGUCAUACAUAAGACAUCAGUAAAAACAAUGAAACUUAAUACAUUGUAAAUCAACUUAAUUCCUUGUGAAUAAGUACAGAAAUGGAAAGUGAAUUUUAUAAAAAAAAAA